CGCGAAAGGGAAAGUUCGUGCAGCGCAGCAACGCAGCCGGCCAAGACAUCAAUUGAAGUCGAUUAGGUUAAUUAACUGGCAAUCUAAAUAAACAAUUGCUCAAUAAGUUGGCUAAACGCUUGGCCAUAAAACGAGCGUUAAAUAAAUAAUUGAUAAGCCGUAAAGGUCAUUAAAAACAGAGAAAGAAGAAGAAAGUCUGCAGCAGUUUGUUAACUUAAUUGCCAAGCACAGAUACAGAUACAAAUGUAUCUCGACUGCGAACGUGACUAAAAAGCAAGAAGAAAAACUUCGCGUGCAAAAUAAAAGCAAAGAAAAUGUUUUAAAAAUGUUGCAUGUGUGGAGCAAAGAGGAAGAACGUGGCACGUUAAUCAGCGCUCUGCUGCUUGCCGCGUUAAUAAUUCAAUCCGCAGCGACGCCGACGGCGACGUCGACAGCGCACAAAGCUCAGCGAGUGCACGAACCAAUUGCUGAGGCAGCGCGCGCCGCUGUGGUGAAUAAAGCAUUAGUCGAGACGCGCAGUGCUGCAGUGCAGCGCCUGCCACGCAGCGUCUUUCAUGUGCGCUGGAAUCCCAAUGAGAAAUUCAUUGUCGAGAGCCGCGAAAGUCCGGCUAUCAACUCAUCCAAGCUGGCGCCGCAUCCACGCCUAAAGGUGUCCAAGAACACGAAGUUGACGCUCAGUCCAAAGCUCUAUUUGUGCCACGACAAAUACUCGAGCGAGUGCCACAAUAAGACAGCAUCCUUUCGUCGCCGCAUUGUGCAGACCUUUGAGCGCUCGAUGAGCGAAUCGCUGAAUGAAUCGAAUCACUAUAAUGUGGACUAUAAGCCCGUGUUUGGGGACAGCUUCGAGGAGCAGUAUUAUCCUUCGAGCUGCCUGGUAAUGGAGGCGGGUGUGCGAGUGCUGCGUCGCAAGGAUCCGCCGUUCAACAAGCUGCCCUUCGGUCGGCUCUUUCCGCGCCAGAAACUCUUUCGCAAUGUGAAGAGCAUCAAGAGCUGUGCGAUUGUCUCCAGCGCCGGUUCGCUGGCGGGCUCCAAGCUGGGCAGGUUUAUAGAUAGCCACGAUAUUGUCAUGCGCUUCAAUCACGCACCCACCCGCGGCCACGAGGCGGAUGUGGGCAGCAAAACGACAAUACGCGUUGUCAAUUCACAGGUGGUCACCAAGACGGAGUUUGAUUUCGCACAUGCGCCAAUCUUUAGGAAUGUCACGAUUGCCGCCUGGGAUCCGGGUCGUUAUAAUGGAACUCUCGAGGAUUGGCUGACCAGCGCCGAUUACGAUCUCUUCACCAACUACGAGAUCUACAGACGUCGCUAUCCCAAGUCGCGCGCCUUUCUCAUCGAUCCGCACUCCGUGUGGCGCCUCUGGCAGAGCCUGCAAAUGUUUGCCGGCAAUCGAGCUAUACGCCGUAAUCCGCCCAGUUCCGGUUUUAUAGGUUUGGCGUUGCUCCUCCCACACUGCCCCCAGGUGGACUUUAUAGAGUAUGUGCCCUCGACGCGACUCAAUGGACGCUGCCACUACUACAGCAAAGAGAUGAAUUCCGGCUGUACAUUUGGCUCGUGGCAUCCUUUGGCUGCCGAAAAGCUGAUGGCAUUGGAUAUGAAUGUGGCCGACGAUAUGUCCGUCUUCCAGUUUGGCAUCUUGCGCAUACGACGGCCUGAUAAGCUGCUCUGCGGCUUCAACUUCUUUGGUUACUGAUGCCCCAGCGUCCCUCUCGUCCUGCAGGCUUCGCGGCGUCCAGUGACAAUCAAAUGUGCAUUUAAUCAAGCGGUUUUCACACAC